GGCCACUACAAAGUGCAUGUGGGUCUAAACUUUAAAUACUUUAACCACACUUAACUCUCACCCCUCUCUUUCUAAUUACGUCUUCACACAAAUUCAGGGAUCACUCUCUCUUAUCCCUCUCUCUCUGCAUUUGGAGACUAACACCACAUUCUUUCAAUUAUUUUUCUCUUUCUCUUUCGUGCAUAUUCUCAAACAUAUGGUGCUCGCUCCAUAGCACUACCUCAAACCCAUUGAAAUCCACAUACCCACCAAGAAAAAAUCACGACCCAUUUCCCCAACGUUGAUCUUCUCUUAACCCCUCGAAGCAAAAUCCUUUUUCAUCAUGGCCCUCGAAACUUGGCUCGUCAAGGUUAAAACGGCGUUGUCGCACAGCUUCGACACCGUGCGACCCUCGAACCCAAAGAACCUUCUUCUUAGGAAACCGUCGUUUUCCUCGUCCAAGCCAAAACGCGUUGCCAUCUUGGCCUUCGAGAUCGCCGGCGUGAUGUCAAAGCUCCUCCACCUCUGGCAAUCCCUCUCCGACGCCAACGUCGUUCGUCUGCGAAACGACGCCGUAACCAUAGAAGGCGUGUGGAAGCUCAUCUCAAACGACGAGUCGUUUCUCUUAAACCUCGCCGUGGCCGAGUUCACGGACUCGCUCCGACUCGCCGCGGACUCGGUCUCCCGACUCAGCCAUAAGUGCCACGACUCCACACUCCGAUCCUUCCACCGAGUCUUCACCGAGUUCGCCAACUCGGGCCUCGACCCACACGCGUGGACCCUCACGCGCCCCAAAGAUAUCGAAUCGAAGCACAAGAAAAUGGAACGUUACGUGACACUCACGCAAACGCUGCAUAGAGAAAUGGACGAGCUUUCAGUUCUAGAAAGCGCGUUGAGAAAAGCACUUCACAACGGUGACAACAUCACCGAACCUUGUUCUCACCAGAAAGCCCAUGAUCUUCAACAAAAGAUUUUCUGGCAGAAACAAGAGGUUCAGAACUUAAAAGAACGAUCUUUGUGGAACAAAGGUUUUGAUGGGGUUGUUUUGUUGCUUGUUAGGUUCCUUUUCACUGUGUUAGCAAGGAUUAAGGUUGUCUUUGGGAUUGGACACAGUGUUCCAUGCUUAUCUCGCAGUUUGUCAGCUUCUGCCACCGUUUAUCCCUCUGAUCAUCAAAACCCUACUUCUCAUUCUUGUUCCUUUGUGUCAGGACCAUUAAAAAGAUCAAAACUUGAUGAUAAUAACGAGGAUUCUGGAAGUGGGUUUUUCGAGUCUAAUUGCCAGGUGUUGAAGCCACUUCCAAGUACUUUAGGUGCUUCAGCUUUGGCUUUGCACUAUGCCAAUUUGAUCAUAGUGAUGGAGAAGAUGAUAAAGUCACCCCAAUUGGUUGGAGUUGAAGCCAGGGAUGAUUUGUAUGCCAUGUUACCAAGUAGCAUAAGAUCAUCUUUGAGGUCAAGGUUGAAAGGGGUUGGGUUUUCUGCUUGUGAUCCUUUGUUGGCUGGAGAGUGGAGAGAUGCAUUGGGGAGAAUACUUGGGUGGUUGUCACCUUUGGCUCAUAACAUGAUCAAGUGGCAGAGUGAAAGGAGCUAUGAGCAUCAAAAUUUGGUUCCAAAAACCAAUGUUUUGUUGUUGCAAACUUUGUUCUUUGCAAACAAGGAGAAGACAGAAGCUGCUAUAACGGAGCUGCUCGUUGGUUUGAACUAUGUUUGGAGGUUUGAGAGGGAAAUGACUGCUAAGGCAUUGUUUGAAUGUACCAAGCUUAAUGGGUUGUUAAGUUUGCAAAAGCCCAAAUAAGGAUAUGGGUUUCUUUUAAUUUUUCUUUUGCUUUUUUCUUUUUCUCAUCAUCCUCUUUCUGCUUCCUUAUUAAGGGUUCUACUUUUGUCUCUCUAAAUUUUAUGGUGUUAUAUUUUAGGCAAUUGAAGUAAGUUCAGAUCCUUGAGGUUUGUUUUGCUUCUAACCCGGGUCUGUAAAUGGAAUAUAGAUAUGUAUGUAAAUGGUGUAUGAAUUUUGAUGGGUAAAUCUCCAAGAAAUGCAAUGGCUUUAAUUUCAUGAUUUAAUCUGUCCAUAAUCAUGUGAAAAUAUUCCUAUAGUUCCGUUAUGAUUAAUUUUAUCGUCAUGUGCUAAUUAGUGGGGUUUAAUCAAUUUAUUAUUGUUGGUUUUUGUGGCUGUACCAAUAGUUCAAGAUUUAGCUCUUUGCGGUUCAUGUGGUGAGUAAUAAACUACUAAUUAUAAUCAAUCCUCUAAUAUCUUAAUGGCAUUAAUUUCAUACAUAUAACUAUAAACUAUUCAGAGUGGAGCCCUGCUAUUAUUGAAACGUACACUAAAAUACUGGAAUUAUAGGGGUUAUAUUAAUAAGAACAUGACUUCCUUAGUUGUUAGAGUAAUUAUAUAUAUAUAUAUAUAAAGUGACAACAGAUAUGAUAUAUUUGUAAUUGAGAAUUACUACGAGCAAAGUGAACUGAAUAAAUGGCUUGUUACAAUCAUAUGACUACUACUAAUUAAGUCAAUUGAUCAUUUUAUCAGAAAGGAUAUAAA